AUGUCAGGCCUCAGUCAUGCCUCCCGUCCCCCAUCCCCAAGGCCCUGUGGUGAGCUGGAUGGCCCCAACCCCUUCCGCAGUGCCCUGACCUCCAGAAGGUCAGACCAGACAGCCUUCAUGGAGCAGGUAUGCGAAAGCAGGGACAACAGCUACCUGCCUUCCUCCAAGAAGAUCGGCUCUGGGGCCUUCUCCAAAGUCCACCUGGCCUAUGCCACGCAGGAGUGCAUACAGCACAACUCCAAGCUGGCCUCUGACCUGAGGGGCAAGUGCCACACCACGGUGACUAUCAAGAUCGUCUCCACCGCUGAGGCCUCUGUGGAGUUCUCCUGCAAGUUCCUGCCCUGUGAGAUCUCGUCACUCACUGCUACCUACAAGCACCUGAACUACGUGCAGCUCUAUGAGACCUACCGGAACAGCUGGCACGCCUACUUGGUGCUGGAGCCGGCGGCCCGUGGUGACCUGCUGGAGCACAUCAAUGCCGUGUCCGACCACUGCCGCUGCCCGGGGCUGGAGCAGGAGGCCCACAGGCUGUUCCAACAGCUAGUCAGUGCUGUGGCGCACUGCCCCAACUCAGGCAUCCCAUGCAGGGACCUAAAGUGUGAGAACAUCCUGCUAGAUGACGGAGGCUUCCUAAAGCUGAGCGACUUCCGCUUUGCCAAUCGAUCGGGGCAAAACUCGCGGCUGAGCACCUUCUACGGCUCUGUGGCCUACGCAGCCCUGGAGGUCCUCACGAGCAAGCACAGCGGGGAGCAGGCUGACCCGUGGAGCGGAGGUGUCGUGCUCUAUGCCAUGGUGACUGAACUGCCCAAGGAGCGCCAGCCCCACCGCAUGCUGUAUCUGAUGUGCGGGGGCCCCACCUUACGGCCAGGCCUGUCCCCAGAGUGCCAGCACCUGAUCCGAGGCCUGCUCCAGCUGCACCCGCGAGCACGCCUGGGCCUGUAGCACGCGGCCGCGCACCACUGGAGGCUGCCCGCCACGCAUGCGCUCUUCCGCACCGUGCUCGGUGACGUCACACCAGGUGCUGCAGGCCCACCAGUGGGGGCAGACAACGUGGAGCCCAGCGCGGGCUCAGAUCCCCCAAGGACGCUCCUGCAACUGCGGCGACCCCAGCAACAGGGCACCCACCCUGAGAGUGCCCCUGGUCCGGCGCCCAAGCCCACGGAGUCUCCCCGGAGACGAGCAUUCUUGCUGGAGCCAACAGGGCACAGGGAGACACCCUCAAUCCUCAGCAAAGACCUGGAGCUUAAGAACUGCUCUGCUUCUCAGCAGGGCACACCCUCAGAGCAAGGGGACCCGGAGGCCUGCCGGCGGCUGCACGCAGCCCUGGUCUGA